ACAUAAGACAGGAUUCAGUUGCCGCCAGUGUUUCUUCGCUCUCACCAAUGACCAACUUUGGGUCGUAACCUCGUCCUUGUCGAAUCUUUUUAUCGCUGUUCCUUCUUCGUCACCUGCUUAAUAACGCGUGCACAAGCGUCACUCCUCUACAGACCCAAAAGACAAAGUUCUUGACACAGAGCGCUGUCUUGAAGAUCGUAAUUGUGUUGUUUCAUUUGGCCCCUUCAAUAAGCUUUACCUAUCCCUUACCUUAAACUUUUCAACCUCGUCAACAGCAUCAAAUACUAUAAUAGAUUUCUGUUUACAUUAAUUUUUCCAUGGAAGCUCAACAGAUUAUUUCCAGAUUUUGCCCAAAAUCAUCACUAGCUCCAUCAAUUCCAAUGGUGAAGCAACCCUUCUCUUUAAAUUUCCCUCAUCUACACUCUUUAUCGUCAUACCCUUUUCUCCAGUCUCAGAAUCUUGGAGCCCCUACUGGAGCUUUACAUGCUAUCAGCGUUGUGGAUAAAGAAGUUUAUUCUAGUUCUUGGAGAAUAUGGUGUAGCAAGAGUAGUAGUAGUACCGCAGAACCAGAGGAGGACCGUAAGUUGAGGGCUCAGGUUACAGUGAGAAGGAAAAAGCUAGCAGUUUUCGUGUCUGGCGGAGGAUCCAACUUCAGAUCAAUUCACGAGGCCUCUAAAAGGGGAUCGCUUCAUGGAGAUGUUACUGUAUUGGUCACAAAUAAAAGAGAGUGUGGAGGUGCACAGUAUGCAAGAAAUAAUGGUAUCCCAGUUAUAUUGUUCCCUAUAGCAAAGGAUGAACCCGAAGGAUUAUCUCCUAGUGACCUUGUUGAUACACUAAGGAAAUUUGAGGUGGAUUUUGUUCUUUUAGCUGGAUACCUCAAAUUGAUACCUGUGGAAUUGAUCCGAGCUUAUGAAAGAUCUAUAUUCAACAUUCAUCCAUCACUUCUUCCAGCUUUUGGAGGCAAGGGCUACUAUGGCAUGAAGGUUCAUAAAGCAGUAAUUGCUUCUGGAGCAAGGUUUUCAGGUCCUACCAUUCAUUUUGUUGACGAACACUAUGACACAGGGCGUAUCCUUGCACAGCGUGUGGUCCCUGUGCUGGCUAAUGAUACUGCAGAAGAGUUGGCUGCAAGGGUUCUCAAUGAGGAGCACCAAUUAUAUGUUGAGGUGGUGGAGGCUUUAUGUGAAGAGCGUGUUGUUUGGAGGGAAGAUGGUGUUCCUCUCAUCCAAAGCAAAGAAAACCCCAAUGAGUUUCGGUGAUUAUCAUUAAUAUGGAAUAAAUUAUGGAACUGCAGGAAGAAGUUUCUGACAAUGGAUCGAUAAAAUGGCUAGAAUGUUACAUAACCUAUAAGGUAGUGAGUGAACUCUUGAAAAGGGUCUUUCUUCCUCCUGCACCCCACAUUUCGUCUUGCACCUCCAUCAAUAAAGUGUAGAAAAUUGCAAAAAUACCCCUUAAUGUGACAACGAGGCCCAACUGCUCUGGCGCAAGAGGUAUAGGAUGCACAAUGAGGAUUCCUCUGGUUGAUAGUGGCAGAACCAUGACCUCUGAUUCCUUCUUCGUUUUCUUUAUAUUUAAAGCAACUUCUGGAUUGUUUCCAAAUUACAGUUAGAAAUACUAAUUUGGUGCUAAAAGUUGACUUCUGAACUGUGUAUUUCAUAAUAUGAUUUGGACUUCGAAUUAUAUAAUUUUAAAUACUAAUUUAUGUUAAAAA